AAUUGUUGCUCGCAAUUGUAAUUACCAAACGCACAGCAUAUAUUGAGGUCAAAAGCUUUGCAAUUUGAACGAAGAUGAAACAAGGUGCUGCAAGUGGUAGCGACAACAAUUUGUUUGCCAAUCAUAUUAACAACAACAACAGCAGUAGUAGCACUUUUCAACCACAGGAACAGCAGCUACAACAACAACAACAACAACAUCUUGGAAAGCCAACACAAAUUGUUACCGAGUGGGAGGAUGGCGUUAUCUUUGAUGUGGAUGAUCCCGACUUUUGCGCCGGACCUGCAGCGACUGUGAUUGACAAGUUGGCAACAGCUACAGUUGCUUUAAGGAAUUUGAAUUUUAUAGCAGUGCCAACAAGCGCCAAUAUGUCAAGUGCCAGCGUUCAUGUACCACAGAUUGCCGAUAUUUGCAGUCCCUUGGCUCAUCACAGCCUGGGCUUGUCGGCUUCGCUGCCAGAUUUGGUGGGCAGUCCGUUGGAAAUCAACAUGGACAAUGUUUUAACCAUUGAGGAGCUGCGUCAGCAUAUGGGCUCUUGCUUUACAUGCGGCGUCUCCUGGACCGAUGAUCAUGUCUCGCUGGAUUGCAGCGAAUGUGGUGGCUACAGCCUGGAGCGUCCCUGUCCCCUAUGCGACGGCCAGUGCGGUGUGCAAUGGAAGCGCGACUUUGCUAUGUCGCAUGCCUGCAGCAAAGCACGUUGGGUGGGCGUUUGCAUUAGUUAUCCGGAGGCCAUGCAACAGCAGCAGCAGCAGCAACAGCUGCCUGUGGCAACAGCAACAUCUUGUGCUGCCGCUGCAGCGAAUCAGUUGCGUUUGGCGCAGGAGCUCUGCACGCGUCUGGAGCAGCUGUCGACAACGUCGGCCACAGCGACGAGUAAAAUUGCGCGCAUUUAAAGUGUGUGGAGCGUUUUAAUUUGCAGUUCCUUUACCAACAACAAACAACUGAAGUCCAUCAGCCAUCAAUACAUCCACACUCAACACACACACACACACACACACAUUUGCAACUAUUUAAAUGCUGCAUUAGCUGCGCGUGAGAAUCUCUCACUUCAUUUAUUUUAUAUUAAUAUUAAGUGCUGCAUAUGUUAAGCUUUCUUUUCUUAGUUCUUAGCCUGUUGCUUUUCAUUUCUUGAUUUAUAUUCGCGUUUGAACAAUUUACUUGCUUUGUGACCGUGUUUAAUUAGCAUUAAGCAGUUAAUGAAUUAUUUGUUUACACUACAAUUACGGCACGCACACAAACACAUAGACACAUACAUAUAUUUUAACUAUUUUAUAUGAGACUUGCUUUUGGCUUAAGGUUUAAACGCCGCAGUUUAAGCGCAGUGAUAACGGUGAUAUUAGCCAGAAAUGAAUGUUUGUAAACAAAUAGUGAAUUUAAACGAAAAAAAAACAAAACAGUGUAGAGUAAUUAAUGCGAGUCCAACGAGCAAACAUGCCCAAAAAUUGUAACAAACUUGUGUUAGAAAUUGUUGUUAACAUUUAGCCAAACAAAAAAUGAAAUUGAAAAGAAUCUUCCAUGCAUAAUGCUCAACACAUUGCAAGCACAAUUUGUUAGAAAAGAAAACUGCGCACAACAAAAUUGUAAAUUCAAGAAGAAAGCAAACAAAUUGGGAAUGAAAGCA